AUGGCCUACUCAGCGGCUUUUGACGUCCUCUUCAGGCGGGAUCUUCUCAACCCCGCAAAUGACCCUAAUAUUGGUUCCUCACGGGGCAACGCGUCUUCGACGACGUCGGACGCGAUAUCAGAUCUAGGGCUUGGUGGCGGCUCAACUUCCCUUUCUGCAUUGCUGACCACACUGAUACCGGCGCUGGUGAUCGCGGCAUUUUGGUUCGGCUUGUUUUUGAUCUGCCGGCGAACACAACUGCGGUGGUACGCACCGCGAACUCACCUGCCAUGCUGGCAUCAGCAUGAGCGUGCCCCGCAAUUACCAUCGGGGUUUGUCAAUUGGUUCGGCCAGUUCCUGAAGAUAUCCGACGCCCAGGUUCUACGUCAUUCUUCUAUGGACGGGUAUCUUUUUCUUCGAUUUCUCCGAGUGCUCGCUGCCACUUGCUUUACUGGUUGCGUCAUAACGUGGCCUAUCCUGCUGCCUAUCCAUGCCACUGGUGGCGCAGGAAACACCCAAUUAGACGCUCUGAGUUUCAGCAAUGUCAAAAACCCGAAACGUUACUAUGCCCACGCGAUUAUUGCGAUUGUGUAUUUCACCUUUGUGUUCUUCGUGGUAACCCGUGAGAGCAUUUUCUAUGCGAACCUACGCCAGGCGUAUUUCAACUCCCCGGCCUAUGCGGAACGUAUUUCCUCCCGGACCGUCUUGUUCAUGUCAGUGCCGGACGAGUAUAAGAAUGAGAAAACACUACGACAGGUAUUCGGAGACAACAUCCGGCGAGUCUGGAUUACUUCCGACUGCAAGGAGCUGGACAAGAAGGUGAUGGAGAGAGCAAAGCUCGCGUAUAAAUUGGAGCAUGCUGAGACGAAAUUGAUCCGGGCGGCAAACAAGACACGGCUGAAGGCAAUCAAGAAAGGGAUUAUUACUUCGAAGCCGUGUCUGGAUUCGGACAGUUGUGAAGAGUGUCAAUCGAAUACCUCUACGUCUUAUCAUGGGAUUCGCAGGCCAACUCAUCGGAUCAAGUUCUUCGGCAGAAAGGUCGACACGAUCCGCUGGCUUCGCGCUGAGCUGGCCAAAGUCAUUGAGGAGAUCCAAAUGAUGCAGAAAAAGCACCGAAACGGGGAGAUGAAAAAUCUGACCGCAGUCUUCAUCGAGUUCGGCACCCAAAAAGAUGCGCAGGUUGCUAUCCAGACCGUGUCCCACCACCAGCCACUGCACAUGACUCCCCGAUACAUUGGGAUCUCACCGAAUGAAGUCGUCUGGUCUGCCUUGAACCUGAGCUGGUGGCAGCGGAUCGCGCGUCGAUUUCUGGUUCAAGGUGGCCUUGCUGCCCUCGUUAUUUUCUGGUCCAUUCCGUCCGCUAUGGUUGGCACGAUCUCAAACAUCACCUACCUCACCAGCAUGAUUCCCUUCUUGGGUUUCAUCAAUAAGCUCCCUUCCGUCAUCUUGGGUCUUAUCUCUGGGCUUCUUCCUUCUGCCGCCCUUGCUAUGCUAAUGUCUUUGGUUCCAAUCAUUUGCCGAGCCUGUGCUAGAUGCUCCGGUAUACCUUCAACAGCCCGCGUCGAGCUUUUCACCCAGAGUGCACACUUUUGCUUCCAGGUCGUGCAAGUGUUUCUCGUCACGACUUUGACGUCGGCAGCAUCGGCUGCGACUGCUCAAAUUAUCAAGGACCCUCUAUCAGCCAAGGAUCUCCUCGCUGAGAACCUGCCGAAAGCGACCAACUUCUACAUCUCAUACUUUCUGCUGCAGGGUCUGACAAUGAGCUCCAUGGCGGUUGUGCAAGUUGCUGGAGCGGUCGUCUUUAAAUUUAUCACGACCUUCUUUGACCGUACACCACGACGACUGUACCAGAGAUGGGCUGCGCUUAGUGGUGUCGGUUGGGGCAAUGUCUUCCCCGUCUUCACCAACAUGGGUGUUAUCGCAAUUACGUAUUCGUGCAUUGCGCCUCUGAUCCUGGGAUUCGCAUUCAUCGGCCUUUACCUUGUGUACCAAGCAUACCGGUACAACUUUCUGUUUGUGUACGAUCUCCGCAUCGAUACCCGAGGCCUGGUCUACCCGCGCGCACUCCAGCAUCUUUUGACCGGCCUCUACCUCGCCGAUAUCUGCCUGAUCGGUCUCUUCGCCAUCAAAGGAGCCGUCGGCCCGCUUAUCAUCAUGGCCCUGUUUCUGAUCCUAACUAUUCUGGCCCAUAUAUCUCUCAACGAUGCCUUGGAGCCGCUGUACUCCUUCCUUCCGCGCAACCUCGACGUCGAAGAAGAAUCCCAACAGGCUAAAGCGGAGGCCGACGCUAUGAACCCGCGCCUAGUCGGCAAAUGGGAGGCGGCCUGGAAAUGGUUCCACCCCAACCUAUACCGAGACUACGCGGCAUUGCGCGGGAAAGUUCCUCGCGACCACGUGGAGAUUCGAUACAGCGAGGAGGAAAGAAACAAUGCCUACUUCGAGCCAUGCAUCUCCGAACGGACCCCGACGAUCUGGAUUCCGCGAGAUAAAUGGGGAUUCAGUCAGCAAGAGGUGCUCGACACGGAUCCUUGCAUCCCGAUUACAGACGAGGGCGCUCAUCUGAACGAGAAGAACCGGAUCGUCUGGGACAAGUAUGAUCCGAAGCUACCACUCUGGGAGCUGAAGAUUCUGUAUUAG